UGGCCGCUUCUGCGUCUGCGCAACUACGGGCGUAGGUGUUCGGCUUUGAAAUGCAGCGGGAUUUAGUGAGUUUGCCCCUGUCCCCAGCGGUGAGGGUGAAGCUGGUGUCUGCAGGUUUCCAGACUGCUGAGGAACUCCUAGAGGUGAAACCCUCCGAGCUCAGCAAAGAAGUUGGGAUAUCUAAAGAGGAAGCCUUAGAAACUCUGCAAAUUAUAAGAAGAGAAUGUCUCACAAAUAAAACAAGUUAUUCUGGUAAAGCUGAGUCAGGCAAGAAGUGCACAGCACUGGAACUUCUUGAGCAGGAGCAUACCCAGAGUUUCAUAAUUACCUUCUGUUCAGCACUAGAUAAUAUUCUUGGGGGUGGCAUACCCUUAACCAAAACAACAGAAAUUUGUGGUGCACCAGGUGUUGGAAAAACACAAUUAUGUAUGCAGUUGGCAGUAGAUGUGCAGAUACCAGAAUGUUUUGGAGGAGUGGAAGGUGAAGCAGUUUUUAUUGAUACAGAGGGGAGUUUUAUGGUUGAUAGAGUGGUAGACCUUGCUAAUGCCUGCAUUCAGCACCUGCAGCUUAUAGCAGGAACACAUAUGGGAGAAGAGCACCCAAAAGCUUUGCAGGAUUUCACUCUUGAAAAUAUUCUUUCCCAUAUUUAUUAUUUUCGUUGUCGUGACUACACAGAGCUACUGGCACAAGUUUAUCUGCUUCCAGACUUCCUUUCAGAACACUCAAAGGUUCGAUUAGUGAUAGUGGAUGGUAUUGCUUUUCCUUUUCGUCAUGACCUAGAUGACCUAUCUCUUCGUACUCGGUUACUAAAUGGCCUAGCGCAGCAAAUGAUCAGCCUUGCAAAUAACCACAGAUUAGCUGUAAUUUUAACCAAUCAGAUGACAACAAAGAUUGAUAAAAAUCAGGCCUUGCUGGUUCCUGCACUGGGGGAAAGUUGGGGGCAUGCUGCUACAAUACGACUAAUCUUUCAUUGGGACCAGAAGCGAAGAUAGGACUGAGAGGAGCUUCAAGAUGGCGAAAGAGUAAGACGCAGAGAUCACCUUCCUCUCCACAAAUACAUCAGAAAUACAUCUACAUGUGGAACAGCUCCUACAGAACACCUACUGAACGCUGGCAGAAGACCUCAGACCUCCCAAAAGGCAAGAAACUCCCCAGGUGCCUGGGUAGGGCAAAAGAAAAAAGAAAAAACAGACAAAAGAAUAGGGACGGGACCUGCACCAGUGGGAGGGAGCCGUGAAGGAGGAAAGGUUUCCACACACUAGGAAGCCCCUUCGCGGGCGGAGACUGCGGGUGGCGGAGGGGGGAAGCUUUGGAGCCAUGGAGGAGAGCGCAGCAACAGGGGUGCGGAGGGCAAAAUGGAGAGAUUCCCGCACAGAGGAUCAGGGCCGACCAGCACUCACCAGCCCAAGAGGCUUGUCUGCUCACCCGCCGGGGCCGGCGGGGGUUGGGAGCUGAGGCUCGGGCUUCGGAGGUCGGACCCCAGGGAGAGGAGUGGAGUUGGCUGCGUGAACACAGCCUGAAGGGGGCUAGUGCGCCACAGCUAACCGGGAGGGAGUCCAGGAAAAGUCUGGAGACUUUUUCUUGCCUCUUUGUUUCCUGGUGCUCGAGGAGAGGGGAUUAAGAACGCCGCUUAAAAAGAGCUCCGAGAUGGGCACGAGCUGCGGCUAUCAUCAACGCGGACCCCAGAGACGGGCGUGGGACGCUAAGGCGGCUGCUGCCGCCACCAAGAAGCCUGUGUGCAAGCACAGGUCACUAUCCACACCGCCCCUCCCGGGAGCCUGUGCAACCCCGCCACUGCCAGGAUCCCGUGAUCCAGGGACAACUUCCCAGGGAGAACGCACGGCGCCUUAGGCUGGUGCAAUGUCAUGCUGGCCUCUGCCGCCUAGGCUCGCCCCGCACUCUGUACCCCUCCGUCCCCCUGGCCUGAGUGAGCCAGAGCCCCCGAAUCAGCUGCUCCUUUAACCCCAUCCUGUCUGAGGGAAGAACAGACGCCCUCAGGCAACCUACACACAGAGGCGGGGCCAAAUCCAAAACUGAACCCCAGGAGCUGUGCGAACGAAGAAGAGAAAGGGAAAUUUCUCCCAGCAGCCUCAGGAGCAGCGGAUUAAAUCUCGAAAAUCAACUUGAUGUACCCUGCAUCUGUGGAAUACUUGAAUAGACAAUGUAUCAUCCCAAAUUGAGGAGGUGGACUUUGGGAGCAAAGAUAUAUAUAUUUUUUUCACUUUUUCUCUUUUUGUGAGUGUGUAUGUGUAUGCUUCUCUGUGUGAUUUUGACUGUAUAGCUUUGGUUUUACCAUUUGUCCUAAGGUUCUGCCUGUAUGUUUUUUUGUUUUGGUUUGGCUUUUUUUACUUCUUAAAAUUUUUUUCUUAAUAAUUAUUUUUUAUUUUAAUUAUUUUAUUUUAUUUUACUUUAUCUUCUUUCUCUCUUUCUUUCCUUCUAUAUUUUUCUCCCUUUUAUUCUGAGCCAUGUGGAUGACAGGCUCUUGGUGCUCUAGCCAGGCGUCAGGGCUGUGAUUCUGAGGUGGGAGAGCCAAGUUCAGACACUGGUCCACAAGAGACCUCCCAGCUCCACGUAAUAUCAAACGGUGAAAAUCUCCCAGAGAUCCCCAUCUCAACGCCAAGACCCAACUUCACUCAACGACCAGCAAGCUGCAGUGCUGGACACUCUAUGCCAAACAGCUAGCAAGACAGGAACAGUGUACGAAAGGGAGACCCCAAACACAGUAAGUUAAGCAAAAUGAGAAGACAGAAAAACACACAGCAGAUGAAGGAGCAAGGCAAAUACCCACCAGACCUAACAAAGGAAGAGGAAAUAGGCAGUCUACCUGAAAAAGAAUUCAGAAUAAUUAUAGUAAAGAUGAUCCAAAAUCUUGGAAAUAGAAUAGAGAAAAUGCAAGAAACGUUUAACAAGGGCCUAGAAGAACUAAAGAGCAAACAAACAGUGAUGAAGAACACAAUAAGUGAAAUUAAAAAUGCUCUAGAAGGGAUCAAUAGCAGAAUAACUGAGGCAGCAGAACGGAUAAGUGACCUGGAAGAUAAAAUAGUGGAAAUAACUACUGCAGAGCAGAAUAAAGAAAAAAGAAUUAAAAGAAUUGAGGACAGUCUCAGAGACCUCUGGGACAACAUUAAACACACCAACAUUCGAAUUAUAGGGGUGCCAGAAGAAGAAGAGAAAAAGAAAGGGACUGAGAAAAUAUUUGAAGAGAUUAUAGUUGAAAACUUCCCUAAUAUGGGAAAGGAAAUAGUUAAUCAAGUCCAGGAAGCAAAGAGAGUCCCAUACAGGAUAAAUCCAAGGAGAAACUUGCCAAGACACAUAUUAAUCAAACUCUCAAAAAUUAAAUACAAAGAACAAAUAUUAAAAGCAGCAAGGGAAAAACAACAAAUAACACACAAGGGAAUGCCCAUAAGGUUAACAGCUGGUCUUUCAGCAGAAACUCAGCAAGCCAGAAGGGAGUGACAGGACAUAUUUAAAGUGAUGAAGGAGAAAAACAUACAACCAAGAUUACUCUACCCAGCAAGGAUCUCAUUCAGAUUUGACAGAGAAAUUAAAAGCUUUACAGACAAGCAAAAGCUAAGAGAAUUCAGCACCACCAUGGAGAACAGUAUGGAGGUGCCUUAAAAAACUGAAAAUAGAACUACCAUAUGACCCAGUAAUCCCACUACUGGGCAAAUACCCUGAGAAAACCAUAAUUCAAAAAGAGUCAUGUACCAAAAUGUUCAUUGCAGCUCUAUUUACAAUAGACAGGACAUGGAAGCAACCUAAGUGUCCAUCAACAGAUGAAUGGAUAAAGAAGAUGUGGCACAUAUAUACAAUGGAAUAUUACUCAGCCAUAAAAGGAAAUGAAAUUGAGUUAUUUGUAGUGAGGUGGAUGGACCUAGAGUCUGUCAUUGAGAGUGAAGUAAGUCAGAAAGAGAAAAACAAAUACCAUAUGCUAACACAUAUAUAUGGAAUCUAAGAAAACAAAAAUGGUCAUGGAGAACCUAGGGGCAAGACGUGAAUAAAGACACAGAUCUACUAGAGAAUGGACUUGAGGAUAUGAGGAGGGGGAAGGGUAAGCUGGGACAAAGUGAGAGAGUGGCAUGGACAUAUAUACGCUACCAAACGUAAAAUAGAUAGCUAGUGGGAAGCAGUUGCAUGGCACAGGGAGAUCAGCUUGGUGCUUUGUGACCACCUAGCUAGAGGAGUGGGAUAGGGAGGAUGGGAGGGAGGGAGACGCAAGAGGGAAGAGAUAUGGGAACGCAUGUAUAUGUAUAACUGAUUUACUUUGUUAUAAAGCAGAAACUAACACACCAUUGU